GCUUUUCAAUGAAUCGUCCAAGCAAUUGUCAAGAUAGAAACAACGAGGAGCCAGGAAACGCACAGGCACACCCUGCCCUCUUCAUUUCUGAGAUCACGUACCAUUUGGCAAGCUUCGUUGCCUCCAAAAGCGACCUCGUAUCUCUCGCUUUGACUUGCCAUGCACUCUCUGAACCCGCCCUCGACAUGCUGUGGACGGAUCCGCCGAGCAUGUUGCCUCUGCUUCUUCAUCUUCCGGGAAAGCCUGUUGAGGUCGUGGAGGAUGAGCAGGAUAAAGGCGUCAAGAAAACUGUGUCCCUCAACCAUGCAUUCACCAUCGAAGAUUGGGACGCCUUCCUCAAACGCGCGCGACGGGUCACCUGGCUCGCUCAGGCGACAAGUCAUCGCAUUGACUCAGAGUAUGAGCCAGAGGUCACGUAUCACGACAUCUCACCGAACGUAUUUCGCGAGCUCUGCUCUGCUCCCACAGACAUCAUCUUCCCUCGACUAAAACAGCUGCAAUGGGGUGUCCCUCCCGAAUACGCAGAACACGCACUUCCCUUCCUACGUAUGAUCUUGAAGCCGACUAUCACCGACUUGGAGAUUUACCCCUUUCCCAUCGCCGAGAGCGAUUUCCUGAUGUCCCUCGAGCAGUCGUUGCCCAACCUGAACGUGUUCCGGUAUCGGGAACAGGAGAUCUUCGCGGCUCCAGGAGAGGAUAUCACAACCGCCAAAUUUGAAGCAUUCAACGCACUCCGCUCUCGGAUCAUUCGGUCCUGGAAGCGCGUCGAGAAUCUGUGGUGUGGAUAUCUUGAUCUCGACGCGCUUAACCACCUCGCCGGCUUGAAGGGCUUCAAGGUGGCCCGCAUUCCUCUCGCGCCCUCCAUCGUAUCUCUUCCAUUUCCGCCAGGUUCGUUCCCUUCCUUGCAGGCUCUCACCACCUUUGCCCCUGAGGGCCAAAGUCUUCGGAUUUUCGCCGAUUUCCUGAGAGUCGUCAAGAUUCCGUUCGUCAAUCUACAUCUCGGUGCAGGCUUCAUCGAGGCAACCGCUUUUGAGGACCUGAUAAGAGUGCUCGUCGACAGUGAGCAUACCGACAAGAUGGAAGCACUCCGCAUCGAAGAACUCACCUUCCACCGCGCCGACGGAGAUGGCGUCACCAUGCCCGUCAUGGAACCCCUCUUUGCCUUUGCGAACCUGCGCGAACUCUUCAUCGAUGUUCUCCGCGUCGUGCGGCUAGACGACGGCGACAUCCUCCGCAUGGCUGAGGCAUGGCCCAACCUCGAGCGGUUCUCGAUCAACAUGAGAAGCGGGUGGAAGCAAGAAUCCAGUAUCACCCUCCGCGGCCUCCGCUCCCUCGUCGAACGCCUGCCGCACCUCUUCGAGCUGCGCAUCGCCAUUGACGCGUCCGCAGAGGUCGAGGGGCUCGAUCUUGGUGCGUUCGAGCUCGCGCCCGGAUAUGCCGCAAAUGAUGACUGCAUGUUGUUCCGCCUGGACCUGCUCGACUCGAAGAUAGGCGACAAUCAUAAUGAGGUCGCGGCGUACAUUGCAGACAUUUUCCGUGGUUAUGAUUUGCAGCUGGAGGACGUACCACUAGCGUGGACGUUCGGAUUUGUCCCUCGCGAUUUGCUUGCUGAGUGCAUGCUGUAUAAGCCGGGGUGGAACCAUGUCUCCAAUUUGCUCUACGCUGCCACAGAAGAAGCCUGGGGAAAAGACAUCCUGGAUUAAACUCCGGAGACGUAAUGAGCGGAGAUGGUGCCGACGAGUCUGCCUCUGGGUGAUGUCUGGGUAUCUUUUCUCUCAGUGCUUGGAUACGUUCACUCACGACAUGCAUAUGCACUCUGUAAACGAAUAGAACAUACUUGAUAUUUAACUGCAUAUAGCGAGCCACGUGUUAUCCGAGUAGUUGGAUUAACCGAGUGUGUGCCACAGCCAGGGACACGUCUCAGUUUCGACAACGCGUUAGCGAGAUAUUCUUCCUCUACUCUAGCCACCCUCUCCC